AUGGCGGCCAUAUCGUCGCUUCCCUUCGCGGCGCUGCGGGGAGCCGCCGAGUGGAGGCCGUCGUCGACGGUGGCGGCCAUCUCCGGCGCCGUCGUGCUCAGCGCGAGGUCUCGCCGGAGCUCGCGCUCGGUGGUGCGCUGUGUCGCCACGGCGGGUGAUGUCCCACCUACUGUGGCAGAAACAAAGCUGAACUUCCUUAAGUCAUACAAACGCCCAAUCCCAAGCAUUUACAGUACAGUCUUACAAGAACUUUUGGUGCAGCAACACCUGAUGAGAUACAAAAGAACCUAUCAUUAUGAUCCUGUGUUUGGUCUUGGCUUCGUCACUGUCUAUGAUCAGCUCAUGGAAGGGUACCCCAGCAAUGAGGACAGGGAUUCCAUCUUCAGGGCAUAUAUAACAGCAUUAAAUGAAGAUCCUGAUCAAUACAGAGCUGAUGCACUAAAGAUGGAAGAGUGGGCACGUUCCCAGAAUAGUAGUUCCUUAGUUGAUUUUUCUUCCAGAGAUGGAGAAAUCGUGGCCAUUCUGAAAGAUAUAUCAGAAAGGGCCAAGGGUAAGGGAAACUUCAGCUACAGCCGAUUCUUUGCAGUUGGCUUGUUCCGUUUGCUUGAGCUUGCAAAUGCAACGGAGCCAACAGUACUAGACAAGCUUUGCACUGCGCUAAACGUCAGUAAAAGAAGUGUGGAUAGGGACCUUGAUGUUUACCGUAACAUACUCUCAAAGUUGGUUCAAGCCAAGGAACUUCUCAAGGAAUACGUGGAUAGUGAGCCCGUGACGAGCCCCGCACCACACACCACCACCAACCUCAGCACACCAAAGGUGAGGAGGAGUAGCCAUGGCUUCGUCAGUGGCCGCCGCGGCGAGCACAUUCCUGGGCACCCGCCUGGCGGACCUGGCGCCGCAGAACGGGCGCAUCGUGGCCCGGUUCGGGUUCGGAAAGGCGAAAAAAAGCCUGCUGCCCCGAAGAAGGUGUCGAAGACCUCCUCUGACCGGCCGCUGUGGUUCCCCGGCGCCGUGGCGCCCGACUACCUCGACGGCUCGCUGGUCGGCGACUACGGGUUCGACCCGUUCGGGCUCGGGAAGCCCGUGGAGUACCUGCAGUUCGAGCUAGACUCGCUGGACCAGAACCUGGCCAAGAAUGAGCCCGGCGCCGUCAUCGGCACCCGGUUCGAGUCCUCCGACGUCAAGUCCACCCCGUUGCAGCCCUACAGCGAGGUGUUCGGCCUCCAGCGGUUCCGCGAGUGCGAGCUCAUCCACGGCCGCUGGGCCAUGCUCGCCACCCUCGGCGCCCUCUCCGUCGAGUGGCUCACCGGCGUCACCUGGCAGGACGCCGGCAAGGUGGAGCUGGUGGACGGGUCCUCCUACCUGGGCCAGCCGCUGCCGUUCUCCAUCUCGACGCUCAUCUGGAUCGAGGUGCUCGUGAUCGGCUACAUCGAGUUCCAGCGCAACGCCGAGCUCGACCCGGAGAAGAGGCUGUACCCCGGCGGCUCCUACUUCGACCCGCUCGGCCUGGCGGCCGACCCGGAGAAGAAGGAGCGGCUACAGCUGGCGGAGAUCAAGCACGCGCGCCUCGCCAUGGUCGCCUUCCUCGGCUUCGCCGUGCAGGCCGCCGCCACCGGCAAGGGGCCGCUCAACAACUGGGCCACCCACCUGAGCGACCCGCUCCACACCACCAUCUUCGACACGUUCGGAGCAUCCUCUUAA